UGUGCGAACUAUGGUGCUGUUUCUGAAUGGGAAAGGGACCGGUUGACUGGAAUUAUGAUAAAAUUACUCGAGAAACUGCCCCCAAACGAAUGUGCAAAAUUUCUGCACAGGGUGGUGGAUGGGGUGUGUGGGAGGAACCCUCCCAGAAUGAAAGAUUAUGGGAACAUGUGGAGUCUGACAGAGUGGCUGGAGCUGCUGGAUGGUCUCUCCUCUUUCUUCCGCUUUGCAGUGGGGAAAAAAUUAUCAGAUGAAGAGGUGCUGGAGUCUCUCGGGGACCUGAACAGCGGGCACCGCGAGGUCAUGCUGACGUGCCUGAAGGGUCGCAGGGACGAGAUUCGUCACGCCCUGCUGGAGAGGACCAAUGCUGUGUCCUCAGCGCAGCUCCAGGACUUCGACUGGCAGAUCAAGUUGGCCCUGUCCAGCGACAAGAUCUCCUCCCUCCAGAUGGCGCUGUUGAACCUCAAUCUGGAUGUGAAGCAGGAUGGUGUGGUGAAGCCCGUGUCCAUCGAGCUCAACCGAGAGGAGCUGCAGACCCUCAUCAGCUCUUUAGAGGCAGCCAAUAAGGUCGUGCUUCAGCUGAAGUGAAGGAAGGUUGGAGGUUAGCAGGGGCUACAGUAUGUCCAUAAGCGAGAGAGAGAGAGAGAGAGAGAGGAGGGAAGACUUGGAGAGGUGGGGAGUGAUGUCAUCACCGGGGGACACCGAGAAGCUGGGCACUGCUGGGAAAGCUGUCCAAGGAAAUGUGUUUGUGUAAUAGAAACUGUCAUCGUCUCAUCUGGCAGGUGCCAAGAAGAAACUAAUG